CCCCCUCCCUUCUUUCCCUCCCCCUCUCAGCUCGGCAGCCGGAACCUGCCGGGAAGAGGACGGAGGCAAGAUGGCGGCGGCCGACGGCGACGACUCGCUCUACCCCAUCGCCGUGCUAAUCGACGAGCUCCGCAACGAAGAUGUCCAGCUCCGUCUCAACAGCAUCAAGAAGUUGUCGACGAUUGCGUUGGCGCUGGGGGUGGAGAGGACCCGCAGCGAACUGCUGCCCUUCCUCACCGAUACCAUCUACGAUGAAGACGAGGUGCUCCUGGCCCUGGCGGAGCAGCUGGGGACCUUCACCUCUCUGGUCGGGGGGCCGGAGUACGUCCACUGUCUGCUGCCGCCCCUGGAGUCCCUGGCCACGGUGGAGGAGACAGUGGUGCGGGACAAGGCGGUGGAGUCGCUGCGGGCCAUCUCGCACGAGCACUCGCCCUCGGACCUGGAAGCCCACUUCGUGCCCCUGGUGAAGCGGCUGGCCGGGGGUGACUGGUUCACCUCCCGCACCUCGGCCUGCGGCCUCUUCUCCGUCUGCUACCCCCGCGUCUCCAGCGCCGUCAAGGCCGAGCUGCGCCAGUACUUCCGGAACCUGUGCUCGGACGACACCCCCAUGGUCCGGCGGGCGGCGGCUUCCAAGCUGGGGGAGUUCGCCAAGGUGCUGGAGCUGGACAACGUCAAGAGCGAGAUCAUCCCCAUGUUCUCCAACCUGGCCUCCGACGAGCAGGACUCGGUGCGGCUGCUGGCGGUGGAGGCCUGCGUGAACAUCGCCCAGCUGCUGCCCCAGGAGGACCUGGAGGCCCUGGUGAUGCCCACCCUGCGCCAGGCGGCCGAGGACAAGUCCUGGCGCGUCCGCUACAUGGUGGCCGACAAGUUCACGGAGCUCCAGAAGGCGGUCGGGCCCGAGAUCACCAAGACCGACCUGGUCCCGGCCUUCCAGAACCUCAUGAAGGACUGUGAGGCCGAGGUGAGGGCGGCAGCCUCUCACAAGGUCAAAGAGUUCUGUGAAAACCUGUCCUCCGACUGUCGGGAGAACGUGAUCAUGACCCAGAUCCUGCCUUGCAUCAAGGAGCUGGUGUCGGACGCCAACCAGCACGUCAAGUCGGCCCUGGCCUCGGUCAUCAUGGGCUUGUCCCCCAUCCUGGGCAAGGACAACACCAUCGAGCACCUCCUGCCCCUCUUCCUGGCCCAGCUGAAGGAUGAGUGCCCCGAGGUGCGGCUGAACAUCAUCUCCAACCUGGACUGCGUGAACGAGGUGAUCGGCAUCCGCCAGCUGUCGCAGUCGCUGCUCCCCGCCAUCGUGGAGCUGGCCGAGGAUGCCAAGUGGCGCGUGCGCCUGGCCAUCAUCGAGUACAUGCCCCUGCUGGCUGGCCAGCUGGGCGUGGAGUUCUUCGACGAGAAGCUCAACUCCUUGUGCAUGGCCUGGCUGGUGGACCACGUGUACGCCAUCCGCGAGGCGGCCACCAGCAACCUGAAGAAACUGGUGGAGAAGUUUGGGAAGGAGUGGGCCCACGCCACCAUCAUCCCCAAGGUGCUGGCCAUGGCCGGAGACCCCAACUACCUACACCGCAUGACGACGCUCUUCUGCAUCAAUGUGCUGUCCGAAGUCUGCGGGCAGGACAUCACCACCAAGCACAUGCUCCCCACCGUCCUGCGCAUGGCCGGCGACCCCGUGGCCAACGUCCGCUUCAACGUGGCCAAGUCCCUGCAGAAGAUCGGGCCCAUCCUGGACAACAGCACACUGCAGAACGAGGUCAAGCCAGUCCUGGAGAAGCUGACCCAAGAUCAGGAUGUGGAUGUCAAAUACUUCGCCCAGGAGGCUCUGAGCGUUCUGUCUCUUGCCUGAUGAACGAAGAGGACCAGUCUCCCUUUACCGGCCGCCGUGGUCUCCUCCUCGUCCCGCCCCGGGGGAGGGGGCGGAUGGCCGUCACCCUCCCCGCAUGGUUUGCCGCGCCCCCUCACCUCCCCCUCCAGCACGGGCUCCCCUACCCUCCACGGCGGCCAGAGUCGGAGCCCGAGCCGCGGCCCCGCUCCCCUCCCUCGGAGGCAGCCGAGGACGGGGUCCCGAGGAGGGGCCGAGGGAACGGCCCUACCUCUCGGGCCCGGCUUGGGGGGUAGAGGAGGUGAGGGGCGGUGGUCCCCCGAACCUGGGUCCCUUGCUCCUGGCCCACGUGCAACUCCCCCGCCACCGCUCCUCUCCCCCCCGGACCUGUUACCUGAGGGUGGUUUUUGUGUUUUUAUUUUAUUUUUCUUUUCACGAAGAAAUAAAUGUCGAAAGAGUCGG